GCAAGCUAUCCAACAACCCCAACCUUCACCACCCCACGCUCCACCCCCAAUCCCUCAACAUGGCGGCCGCAGUGAAAGCCCUCAAUGCGAAGAUACGGUCGAACAAAUACCUCGACUACUUCUGCUCGACCCAUUUCUGGGGCCCGGCGAGUAACUUUGGCAUACCGAUUGCCGCUGUAGCGGACAUGCGAAAGGAUCCUGAGAUCAUCUCUGGCCGCAUGACCCUCGCCCUUUCUUCCUACAGCGCCGUCUUCAUGCGCUACGCCCUAGCUGUAAAACCGGCAAACUACCUGCUAUUCGGCUGCCACUUCAUCAACUGCGCGUCUCAGCUUACACAAGGAUAUCGGUACCUACAAUACUGGAACUUCGGCGGCCGAGAAAAGACCCUAGCCCUGAAGGCGAAGAGGAGUGAGGCGGAAUCCAAAGUGACGGACCUCGCGACACAGGCGAAGGAUACCGUGCAGAAGGCUAUCGGAAAGUGAUAAAUCAGGUUUGGGACGAUGGAGAGUUGCUGCGGUGCAAGCGGAUAAUACACGGGGUUUCUUCAAUUGCAGUUCCAGCUUUCUUCCUUCCAGUGCUGAGCGGCUUUCUGGGUUUUCUGCUGCCUGUAAUAAGUAGUUUCGAGUCAUCGCUGUGGUUGGAAACGUAUUCAACUGGCCUUUGGGUCACCUUUUCGACUUGGGAGUACUCAUAUCAGCUUCCAGUGCCUUGGCGUAACAGUGUCCCAGGGCUAAGCCCAUGUCUAUCAGAGUCACAGUAGAUCUCAAGCCACGUCGCAUAUGACAC